GCGGCCCACGUGAAGCCUCAUGGAGUGUAAACAACAUCUGUGAGCGAGGAAAAGUGAUGAAAAUGAGGUCGUUCAUUCCAAAUAUCGAAGACCCAGCGGAUUCAGAUGAAUCCAGUGAUGAAAUUCCCCCGGGUGGUGUGUUUCCCCUGGGGGGAAUACAAGCGGCUGAUGAUGACGAUGAUGAAGAUGAGAUUAAUGGCAUCUCCAAUGAUGAAGAUAAUGCUGACGCAGACUCCAAUGACGAAGUGGAUGGCAGUGAAGAUUACCCAGAAGUAGUCCAGAACGGUGUGGCAAAUGGCAGUGAGGAUAAUGCCGAGGUGGAGGCUAAUGGGCAUGCCAACAUUGAUUCCAGUGAAGAGCUCGAAAAUGACAGUGAUGCCGAAUACAGCGACGCAGAUGAUGUUAACGCAAAUGACAGCGAUGCAAAUGACAGUGACAUAAAUGACAGUGACAAUGAGGAAGAGGAUGAAGAGGACAAUGAUGAGCAAGCUGUUGAGGAUGAAGAUGAUGAUAUGGACCACCUGGAUGGCAGUGACAUUGAUGAUGAAGAGGACUUUGUAGAGAUGAAAAGUGAUUCUGAGGAAGAUUCAGACAACAGCGAUUCCGAGGAAGGAGACGAGGCCACAAUGGAGAGUCUGUUUGGGAUUGAGCCUAAUGUCAAGGAGGCGAACGCCCCCCCAGAUUAUGAGGCCAAGUCAGGCAUUGUGGGCCUAUGUUUCCAUCCAAAGCGCGACCUCAUCUCGGCAGCCACCAUGGAUGGGGACGCCAUAGUGUAUGAGUACAGCCUCGAAAGUGUCAAUGAGGUUGCAAAAUUCACACAUCACAAAGAGCCAUGCAGAGCUGUGGGUUACAAUGAAGAUGGAAAUACUCUUUACACCAUAAGCAAGGACUGCUCCAUGGCUGUUGUUGAUAUCCAGAAGGAGGCAAUCAAGCAUCACUUCAAGGAGGCACACGAGGCUCCAAUAUACAGCUUUCUGUCUAUUUCUGAGAGAUUGUGUGCGACAGGAGAUGACGAUGGCACAGUCAAGAUAUGGGACCUGAGAUUGAAAAAAUCUGUCUUUGAUUUCAAGUGCGGUGAGGGGACGGUAUCUUCCCUGAUCACAGAUGGAUCUAUGAAAUUCCUUUGUGCGUCAUUAGUUGAUGGGUCCAUAGCGGGAUUUAACAUAAAGAAAAGGCGGUUAGAAGUGCAGUCAGAGUUUUAUGAUUCUGGGAUGAACGCCAUGGCCCUUGUGCGCAAUGAAUCAAAGUUGGUUGUUGGGUCAGAGGAAGGGACAUUCUACAUUUUCAACUGGGGAGACUUUGGCUACCACGUAGAUAGGUAUGGUGGUGUCCCUGAAGAAAUCCACUGCGUUCUGCCACUUGCAGACAAGUUAGUUCUGGCAGGCUAUGAUGAUGGGAACAUCAGGGCUAUGCAUUUUUACCCUCAUCGUUUUGUGGGCGUUGUUGGGGAGCAUCGAGAUUUUGGUAUAAACUGCCUGGAAAAGUGCAGACAAGGGAAAUACAUUGCCUCCUGUUCCAUGGAUGGAUUGGUGCGCUUUUGGAACAUUGAUUAUCUGUAUGGGAAGAAAAUCAAUCCAAAAAGAAAGGCGAACAUAGACAAGAGUCAGUUCAAACUGGAGUCCUCAAAGCAGAGAAACCGUUGGGAUUUCUACAAAGAUUUACCUCGAUUUAUGGAAUCAGAUGAGGAGGAAGGGCCAAUCGCAGGUCCCAGUGAGCAGAUGGAGGACUCCGAUUCUGAUUAAGCGGAACUUGGAGUUUCAUCUGGGGGAAGAUAUGCGAGGGCUCGGAUUCUCCCUCUUAUUUUAAGGUAUCAUUGUGGUGAUUGUCUUUCCCACAUGAUAAAUGUAUGACUUGUAUUGUACUGUUAUAUUGUAAAUAUAUUUCCAAUGCAGGUUAGCAAAUGAUGGAAGAUGUAUUUGUUAUCUUAUUUUUUCAAUAGAGAAAAUUUAAUAGGGUUCUAGGCAUGUUAAAAAGUGAUUGUUUUUUCCAUAUUGUAACUAUCUCAGAAGUUAAUGCUAUUACUCUUAUGAUGAAAAUAAUGUUCAUGGAAUCCAUUACAGAAAAGACAAAAGACAUUGGUAAAAAUUUAUAAGAUUAUCUUAGAAUUACUGUAAAUGAGUAGUCAGAAUGAGAGUUUAAAAUAUUUAUGUAGAGAAAAUUCCCUAUAGAUCUUUAGGAUACAGAUAUUCUAAAGAAAUUGUGACUCUCGUGAGAUGCAGCUUUAGGGAAGUUCGAGCACCAUUAAUUUUGUGGUGCCAUAAACUAGAUUCUCUUUUAUAAAGUAAGCUCCAGAUACUUAGAAUUUGUAAUAUGUUUUCCUAAUAAAACCAAAAUAAUUAGGUGUCUUUAGUGUACAGUUGGGUGAAUGUGUUAUUCAAGAGCAUUGUAAAUUGUACAUUGUAUUAGAGUCAUUUAAGAGUAUGUAUUUUUUUCAA